UGGUGUAGUUUAUUGAAGGACUGAUCUGUUACCGUUCCAGAACAAAUAAACCUGUAGCUUUUUAAUGACUGAAAUCUUGCAAAAUCGAAAGAGGAGAAAAAGUUUGAAGCUAAGAUGGCAGUUAUGAAGUAAGAAGGGAAGAGGAUUAUUCACAAUAGCUCUUUGCUGUGUCGGCACUUCAACAGGAUUGAUCCCAGUCAGCAACUGAUGAUUAGUCUUCUGAGAGAGACCAGUUGUUCCCAAGAGUGCGUGGCUGAAGCCAUAUGAUCUUAUCAACACAUUUGAGAGCCCUACCCAAACACUGAGAGAGAUUUUGCUGCAGCAAUGACUGUCAUAGAAGAAAAUCGCCCUUUUGCCCAGCAGCUAUCCAAUGUCUACUUUACUAUACUUUCACUUUUUUGUUUUAAACUUUUUGUGAAGAUCAGCCUCGCUAUACUUAGUCAUUUCUACAUUGUGAAAGGAAACCGUAAGGAAGCAGCAAGGAUAGCUGCUGAAUUUUACGGAGUUCCUCAAGGACAAGGUUCUUGGGCAGAUCGCUCACCUCUGCAUGAGGCAGCCAGUCAAGGACGUCUUCUUUCUCUAAAGACUUUAUUGUCACAGGGGUACAAUGUAGACACACUAACAAUUGACCAAGUAACUCCACUUCAUGAAGCCUGCCUGGGAGAUCAUGUAGGAUGUGCAAGAAUCCUUCUUGAAGCAGGAGCAAAUGUAAACGCUACAACAAUUGAUGGAGUGACACCUUUAUUUAAUGCAUGUUCAAGAGGCAGUGCGGCAUGUGCUGAGCUCCUGUUAGAGUAUGGUGCCAAAGCUCAGUGGGAGUCCUGUCUUCCAUCACCAACUCAUGAAGCAGCCAGCAGAGGUCACAGUGAAUGUCUGGAGGUACUGAUAUCCUGGGGUAUAGAUGUUGACCAAGAUCUUCCUCAUUUAGGAACACCUCUGUAUGUAGCAUGUGUUUCACAGCAGAUCCAUUGUAUUCGAAAGCUUCUUUAUGCAGGUGCCAAUGUGCAGAAAGGAAAGCAUUUGGAAACUCCACUCCAUGCUGCUGCCCAGCAUUCUAGUACAGAGAUCGUAAACUUACUCCUUGAAUUUGGGGCAGACAUAAAUGCCAAAAAUACAGAUUUUGAGAGGCCUGUUGAUUUAGCAGCUCCAAGCAGUUUAGUGGAGAGACUGCUGCUCCUCCAUGAAGCCACACCAUCUUCUCUUUGUCAGCUCUGCCGACUAUGUAUCCGAAAUUACAUAGGAAGAGCUAGACUGCAUCUUGUCCCACAACUCCAGCUGCCAACAAUACUGAAGAAUUUCUUACAGUAUAGAUAACAUAGUAAUUAACCUUUAGAAACUUGAAUAACAAGUACUUUUUCUUCUUUCUGUUUAUUGUACGUUUUAUCUAAAGAACUGCUGGGCGGAAGAAAAGCCUUUUGCAUAUUACUUAAAAAAAAUAUAUAUCUUUGACACCUGGUGUUGGUAUAUAAUAAUAAUUGGGAGCCAUUCAGCAACUGGUACCAAGGUGCUAAUAAGGCUGAAUUGAAUUAGUGUGCUGAUACUCUGGGAAAUGAUUGUAUAGCUUUAGCUUAACACUUACUAAAUAGCUUUAGUGCUGUUAAUUUUAAUUGUAUUUAUACUUUUAAAAUCUGUUUGACACACCUGAACCACAAAGAGUUUCUUCAUUAUUAUUUGUUAAGUUUGUCCAUUUAGAGUCAUUAUUUUAUGUGUUUUUAAAUUUCUAUUUUUUGUGUACCUAAAAAUACUUGGUGAUGGGUGCACUAUAUACAUUGGUAAAAAUAAAGCAAAUAGUUGUCCGUU